AUGGUUAAUGAUUCUGAUGUGCUCAAUAUUUUGAAGUUUAUUCGUGCUGAUAGAGAGGCUCUCAUUUACAUUGAACAUUUAAACCAUCCACAACCUAUUGAGCCAUCUAGUUUGCCUUCUAAUUUGCAUGAAGAUGAAGAACCUGUACUUGAUUUUUCCUUUCUUGAUGACACUCACAUAGCAACACCAGAAACAGAGGCCCACUCUGAUCAUAAUGUAGAAGAUAAUAGUGAUUGUCAUAGUGACAGUGAUGAUAGUGAUGUUUUGAUUGAUUCUGAUUAUGAUAUGAUAGAGGAUGAUAAGUUGUAUGAGAAAUAUGUUGAUCAUGAUGUUGAGUUUGUUGGUUUAAGUAAGAGUUCUGACCCUCUGAAUAACAUUUUAGGAGAUGAAGUUAGUAGUAGAUUAGAAGGGGACACAUUAGAACCAGUUAAUAGUAGUGAUGAGCUUGAGAGUUUGGUUGGUUCUGAUGAAGAUGACUUGUGCAUGCCAAAAUACCCUAAGUACAACCCUGCUACUGAGAGUAGAAAGCCAGUCCUUAAAUUAGGAUUGAAUUUUAGUAGCAAGCAGAGGCAAAGUCUGCCAUUGAGACUUACUGCUUUAGGGGUGGGAAGUCUAUUUUCUUUGAUAGGAAUGAUAGCAAAAGGCUUAGGGAAAGGUGCAAGACUGAUGGUUGUGAAUGGAAAGCAUAUGUUGCUCCAAUGCAACAUGGCAAUACUUGGCAAGUUAAGGUGUUCAAUGAUGAACAUAGUAAGGAGGAGAUAUCCAACUAAGCCACCAAGUGCAUUGCCUCAUAAUCCCAUAAGUUUGAAAAAGCAUCAGAGGAGUGUGACCUGCAGAGUUUGUGGACAACUUGGUCACAAUGCUAGAAAGCAUAAAAAGGCUGACCAAAAUGAAGAACAAGAGGAGGUCCCACUGAGUGAAUCUCAGCCUCCACCAGCUAGUGACCAUGUUACACAAUCUGAGGGAGUCACUUAUCCAGUUGUGGUGAAAGGGGGUGUGAAUUACAUAACUGAUGUCCAACAUCAGAGCUGCCUUGAGGACAAAGAAUAGGAAAACUCCUGGUAAGGACAAGGCUGCAAACAAAUGACUGUGGAUUUGUGUUGGUUUGAUUGUGUUGUUUGACUUUGGAUUUAUUUUGGUUUGAUUGUGUUGUAAUGGGAUAAUGAGUUCUUUGGUGAUUUUGGGAUUAUGGUUUGACUGUGGAUGUCUGUUUAUGAUGAACAAGGCUUGUGGAUUGUGUUCUUUUGGUGAUUGUGGUUUGAACAAGUUGUGUAUUGCUUUAUUUUGGUGAUUGUGGUUUAAAC